CGUUACGCUUUUAUCCGAGAGAUCGGAAUCCGUCGCGUUUUUAUGAUUUUCCUACGAGCCGUCGAAUCGACGGCGGAUGAAUCACGGCGCAUUUACUUUUUGUUUCUUUGUUUUGUUUUUCUUUUUGUUUUUCCAGGUUCAAGCUUUUUAUAACUUUCAGCCGUUAACUGCGUACCUUUCCGUCAACUACAUGGAUCGGUUCCUUUGUUCUCGCCGUUUGCCGCCAAAUAGUAGGUGGCCUAUGCAACUUUUAUCUGUUGCUUGCUUGUCAAUAGCUGCCAAGAUGGAGGAACCUCUGGUUCCAUCUCUAUUAGAUCUUCAGGUGGAAGGUACCAAAUAUGUCUUUGAACCAAAGACGAUCCGCAGGAUGGAGCUUUUUGUGCUCAGUGUUCUAGACUGGAGGCUGCGAUCAGUAACACCAUUCAGCUUCAUCGGUUUCUUUGCCGUCAAGCUGGAUUCAACAGCAACCUUUGUUGGGUUUCUAAUUUCAAGAGCCACAGAAAUCAUUUUAUCCAACAUAAAAGAGGCCAGCUUUUUAGAGUAUUGGCCGUCAAGCAUUGCUGCUGCUGCAAUACUCUGUGCAGCCAAUGAAAUUCCAAACCUGUCUCUUGUAAAUCCUGAGCAUGCUGAGUCAUGGUGUGAUGGACUAAGCAAAGAGAAAAUCAUCAGCUGCUACCGGUUAAUGCAGGAACUUGUGCUUGGUAGCACAAGGAGGAAACAACCUAAAGUUUUACCGCAGCCUCGAGUGACAAUCCGGGCCAGAAUGAGGUCCACAACUGACUCAUCAUCUUCGUCUUCAUCAUCACCAUCUUUUAAAAGGAGAAAAUUAAAUAACUUCUUAUGGGUAGAUGAUGACAAAGGAAACUCCGAGUAAGGUGAGGAGGAAAAAUAAAAAGGAGAAAAUGGUGGCCCAUGCUAUUUAGAUACCUCAAUAUUUUUUGGAGGGGUAAAUUGACUCGAGUGAUGUAGAUCAUGAUUUAGUACAUAUAAUGUAUGUAUGGGAGUUUGGUGAGUUUUGGAGAUGGAGAUUUAUUAUUAUUAUUAUUUUAGUUGGUGGGCAAUGCUAUUCAUGAAUGGCUUAGCCGAUUCCCAAAGGGGUGGGAAUUUGCCGCAAAAGUAUGGAGUAUUUUUGUGUGAGAAAGUUAGGAAAAGAAAUAGAAUGAGAGAAGUUGUGUUUAGUAGUAGUGGGAGUCAUGAAGUGUGAAAGGAGUGGGGGAUUGAAUUCAAAGCCCACAUUGAUUAUUGAAUGAAAAGGAAGGUAGUUGGUGGGACCCCUGCGUGGGUUAGGGAAAAGAAUGAGAAGAGAGAAAAUCAGAUGGAUCAGUAGUUGGGCAAAACAGGGGAUUUGGGUUUGAAGUUUGAGUUUUCUCAUGGGAACUGGUCAAGCUUCUCAUCUAGUCCAUCCAUGAACACAUAGAAGGAGAAUAAUUUGGCUCCAUGUUUUAGACUUUUUCUGAGUGGCAUGUAUGCCAUGUGUGUAUGAGUGCUUUUUUGGCGGGAAAUGCCCCUUUUUUUCUAAAUGGCCAUCCUUGAUCUCUUGGCCUAAUUAUAUACCCAACUCUUUUGAGAGCGGUGUUUCUUUUGAUUUUUUUAAAUUUUUUUCCCAGAGGAAAAACCUCUUCUCUGGCCUAAGUUUGGCCUAACAUAUAGAAAGAAGGUCUUUGGGUCCUUCUCUAAAGCUUGUUGUAAUGGAUUUAUCAAUAAUUAAAUGAAUCAUAU